GUCAGAUGAUCCAUCAGAGAGAAGGAAUCUAGCCGCUACCAUUUCCUGAGUGUUUUCAGCUGCUACUAGCUAGAGUUACAAUGGAUGUCAAUAUUGUGGUGGAAUAUUGUGAGCCCUGCGGGUUUAAGUCACAUUAUGAAGAGUUGGUGAGUGCUGUGCAGGAUGAGUUUCCGGAUGUCAGCAUUGAUUCUCGACCAGGUGGCACAGGUGCCUUUGAAAUCGAAAUAAAUGGACAUCUGAUUUUUUCCAAACUGGAGCUCGGUGGAUUUCCAUAUGAGAAAGAUCUUAUCAACGUUAUUCGAAAGGCCAAGAACGGAGAGCCAUUAGAGAAGAUCACCAACAGUAGGGCCCCAUGUGUCAUCUUGUAACCUCACCAGCUUUAGCCUUGCUAGUACUGGGACCUGCCACCAGAUACACGUCAUGUUGUAUAUAUUGUCCUUAUUCUGCAGUACAUUUCUAGUUCUAUCCGGAUGCGCUGUGACAUUGUUACAGACAUAUCUCGUCCUGGAGCCAGUUCCUCUCUCUGUUACAGACAAGAAUAACCGUUCUGCUACAGGGUGGAAAAAAGUUUUUUUCCAAAUAGGGAGAUAAAGGAAAACAUAAACAUCUUACUUAUAAUCUGAUUUUUUUUAAUAUAUGUUACUCUGUUAUAAUAAAAAUGUUUCUAAAAUUG